UUUCAGCAAGCCGAUCCCUGUUCCGAAUCUUGGACCGGCCGAACAACAAAAGUCUGAACCCCUGAUCCCUGGACACCCGGCCGGAUCACUCAGAUACACAAAGCGGGAUCCGCUGUGUUCCCAUGCUGCCGGGCCUAGACUGUACCUACAAUCUUCAAUAGCUCCGUCACCAGCCACUUUGUCGGCGCCGCGUUCGUUCCCGUCCCGUUCCGUGGCUCCGAAUUGCUUCGCCAUCACAACUCCGUCCUGAUGGCUCCACCAACGCAAUACAAGCCCAUCCAACCGGCGCCGUUGAAGGUCGCGAAAUCGGGCACUUCAUCUGGCACCGGCCGUGUUAAUGGAGAGAAGCACGCCAGAAGGGUCAAGGCUGUGACACAGGCUUGUCACACGUGCCGCCGAUACAAGGCCAAGUGCGAUGGACUUCGACCCAGAUGCACUAGCUGCAAAACCAAAAAUAAGCCAUGCGGCUACGAAGGCGAGGAGGGCCAGUCCCGCCAGGAGGCGAUGAAAUCACGGCUAGAGGCAUUGGAGAGAUUGGUGACCGCCCUUCAGCAAAAGUCACCCGAAGAGGCUGAAGCAUUGCUUCAGCGUAUUCGAAAUGCUGACGAUAUCGUCUCGCUUUCAUCGGCUGCUUCCAGCGACAGUGGCGACCGCAAUAUUCCUGGACUCCAUCGCAAUGAUUCGACGUCGCCCAGCAUGGGCGGGUCACUUUCCGACUCAUGGACAUCACCAUCAUCAGUCCCGACGGUAUCAACCGACAUCAUCAAGCGUGCUUUACAAUCAGCCUCGCCAUCUUCCGACGAGUCGUCUGAAGGCGGUAUGCAGCUUGUCUCAGAUUCAGGGAGCGCCACGGCGCGUCUGCGUGUCGAUCAUUCGGCGUACCUAAUUCGCUUCGUCCUUCCCAAUGCGGACGCCACCCGUGCGGCUCUCAACAGUUUCUACAGCUCGAGCGGCAAGCUCUUCCAUGUCUUCUCUCAGCAGGACAUGGAUAGGUUCUUCACAAUUGUUUUUGGCUACGAUGGACGACCCAACUAUUCACAAAAGAUGGCGAUAUGCUGCCUUUGCUCAGUCGCUGCCGUUGGAAUUCAGUACAACCCUGAUGAUUUCGAGAAGGGUUCGGAACACAUCUUUUAUGAAGUUGCCCGGCGGUAUUUCGUGGACGUCCUCGAGGAAUCAUCACUUGAUGCCAUCAAGGUUUGCGCCAUGUUGGCUUUCUUCAAUGUCAUGAACAAGGCCACCAUUUCGCUUGCUUGGGUUGAACUUGGCAUGAGCAUGUCUCGACAAUUCGGCUUGAAUACCAGCAUUUUGUUACGCGACGAACAGAACGACCACAUGAUCGACUACAGGAAGACUUGGAGGACGUUGAUGUUCUUCUCCAGUUGGCUUUCAUCCACUUUGGGCUACAUUUCCGGCAGCACUGGGUCGGACUUCCAGAAGUUUGUCCCCAUUGCAGACGUUGAGCCUUAUUACCCCCUUCAAGUGACCGAAACCGUACAGAGAGAGAUGACCAAGAUUUCGCUUCUCAAGGCUGAAAUCCUGCGCAUGCAACUCGAGUUCCAGGAUCUACCCAGACUUACCGUUGUUGCUAACGAAUACCUCGAGAAAUGGCAUGAGAAGCUCCCGAUCGAGGUGCAGUUGGCCAACCUUGCCAACCCUGGUCUCGAUGACACAGUCCGAAGGUCCAUCUAUCACGUCCACUUGCUAUAUCUUGGUGCCAUGCAGCUCUUGUACCGAUGGAUUGCUGCUCGGCUUAUUCAAACGACCACUGUCAAUGGCAGGGAGGUCAUUGUCCCUAGCGAGUCCGUUCCUGAAGAAGACCGCAAGCUGCUGAAGCACGUUUCGCAGGGCCUCAUUGCUGCGAAGCACUCGGCCCGUCUUCUUGCUUUGCUGCACGGUGAACGUGGUAUCUUCCAGCGCUGCUGGUUGGUCAUCUUCCAAUCCCAUACCUCAUGCGUCGUCAUUUUGCAUUCGGUUGCGCAGAAACAAGUUCACGGCUUCCCGGUCAGUUCCUGGGCUCCGGACCUCAAACUCGCGCAGCUGUGUCUGGAUACGCUCGAGUUUUGCGGAAGAAUCGAUCCGGUUGCUCUUCGCUUCCACGUGCGACUAUCUGCCAUCUUCAAGAGCCUAACAGCCGCUCUUCCGAGUAAUGACAACCAAACGACCAGGCAAAGGACGGAAGACUGGGUGACCAUGCCUCCUGAUUUCCCUCCCAUCCCUGGUGCUGCCGGAGUGAACAACAGCGCAGGUACACCACUGGUGGAUCCGGAACAGCUUGAGGAGCCGGAUCCGGAGUACCUUCUCACCAUGCCAAAGGAUGCCAAGGAGCGCAUGGCUGCGCUGUCACACUCAUUGUUGUCGGCACUUUGCCGACCUUGGGGUGGUGACGAGGCGGGACCGGCGGGCACGGCUUGCGCCCAGGGGAAGAGCAGCGUUGCGACUGUGGUCAAGGAAAAAGCGGUGGACGAGGAAGAUAUUCCAGCAUCGUCGGCGACGUUUCGUUGGGAUCACACAGGCCACCUGGGAUCGCGCGGCAUGAGCAAAUUGGCGAAAGAGCUGGGGUUGACAAAGUCGACUGACGAGUCGGGUCUGGGCUCUUGUUCUACUAGUGAGCUUAGCCUGGGGAGCGACUGCAGGUUCUUGGAUAGCGAGGACCCGCACGGUUGGCAGACAGCGCCAGAGUACAUUGACAUGCCACAAUAUUGACCAUAAUGGGGCGGCGGCGAGGGUGCGAAGGACUGGUCAGGGACAUGAUAUGAUGUUAGCGGACUGGAAUUGUAGCGUCUGGUUAAUCGGGGCGUGCCGGUUUGGAAAUG